UGGCGUAGGCCAGUGGCUACAGCUCCAAUUUGACCCCUAGCUUGGGAACCUCCAUAUGCCGCGGGAGCGGCCCAAAGAAAUAGCAAAAAGACAAAAAAUAAAAAAAUAAAAUGGCCAUUCAUAUUUGUGUGCACUUCAGUAUACCCCAACAGUGACUACAUAUUUCCUAUGAAUACUGACUUUAGGAAAGUGUCAUCACAGUGAAACACAGUUUGUGAGCUUCAUGUACAAAUAUGAUGGCUUUUAAAAAUAACAGCAAGCCAAUUAUAUAUGCUUAAUAAAUGUUUGCUACAUGUUCACAUUCCAGUAGUGAAUUUUAAAACAGCUUUCAAUGAGUCAUUAAUGCUAACCUUCUCUCACCAAUAUAGUAUCCUUGCCAAUAAGUGAAACUAUUAAAUAUCACUCCACUUUUCUUCUAAACGGAAAACAUGCAUGUUCACCCUUAACUCUGUUACAGAAUAUAAACUGCUUGAGAGUACGUGUUUUCUCCUUGUCUUUGUCUAAUAAUUUAAAAGUUCAAAGGUAAAAUCCAAAUUAUAGUCUUCAAAUUCCUCCUCCUUCUAUACGUGUGAUACCUGCCAAGAGCUAACUAAGUUAUUAGUAGCAGGUACUAGGUAAUGUAAGAUUUUCCCUUCCAGUGCUGUGUGUGCACCUUUUAACUUUAUUAAUCAUUUACUGUCACAAUUUAACACACAUUUUGGCUUUUUGUUGGUUAUAUUUAUAGCAUUUUAUGACAAAAAUCCCUCUUUUCAAGUUCCUAUCAAAGUCAGACAAAUACUGGAGUGAAAACUGAAAUGGAACUGGACUGAACUAAAUUAUACUUUGCUGUGUUUUUAAUCCAAAUAACUGAACUAUCAUGGUUCUUUUGGAUGACUACAAUCAGGGCAGGAAGUGCAGGGUCCACUAACUGUUUUGCAUUCCCAGGUAUUUACCCUCUCUUCCUCCAUUCUUUGUCGGGAGAACUGCUCCUUCUGCCAUUCUCAUGCCCGCCACAUAGUUUUAGUUGGUGCAGUGGAUUUUUUCAAUAAUCCCAUCUGCACAGUCCCAGAGACGGUACACUGGGAUGGGCCCUGUCCAUGCUGACAGGUCAUAACUUUUCCCUGGAAAGUAUAUAUUUGACUCCUUUGGCUUUAUUGCCUCCUUCGUUCAUGUCUGCAGAAAGACACCGCCUGAUUUCAGAGCCUACAUUGCUUUCUAAUAAAACAAAUGGCCAUUUCCUCUCAAUUUUACUGGGCUAUCCACAUGAAUUUAUGAAGGGAAAAAAAUUCCCGACGGUUAUGUAUCCAGAGACUGAGAAUAAAUCACGUUUUCCUGGAAGUUACAGGCACUUGGCAAUUUGUUUGGGAGUAGAAACUGGAUUUAAAAAUUUAUAACUUGUAACAUGAUAGAACAAAUUGGCAUUUUUGUAAUAGAAUGUAAGCUCCCCGGAGCAAGGAUUUUUGUGUUUAAUUUAUCAUUUUACUCUGAGAAGCUAGAAAAAUUCCUGCACAGAGAAAUACUUACUAAAAUGAAUAAAUGAAUUUGUUUUGAGCCCAGUUUUGUCUACUGAACUUGUACCUUUAUAGGGAAGAUGAAUAUAAAUAGGUAUUACUUUGCUCUCACGACAAUUGUUACCCACCUGAACAAGACUGUAUCAUAUGUGAGGGGGAAAGGAGUUUAUAAUACUCUAUGACCCAAAAGGUGUUCGGUACAGUUUAGCUAUUACUUCAUUCUUUGAAAUGAACACUACCUGAAAUUGUAAAGCAGAACGCUUGGUGGCGCUGCAGGCUAAGAGAGUGAAAAACUGUCUCUGCAGAUUCCUAGGCUCCGCAAAAGCUGAUCCGUUUCUGGCAGCGCACAAAGGAAACGUUUGCAUUGCUGGGUAUGGAAGGUUUCGGAGAGGUAGCUCUCUCCCUAUUAGUUACUGUUAAGAAGAGCUAACUCAAGACUGCUGAACUAAGAGAGCAGAGUUGGCUGCAGAGCAAUUAUUUUGUGAUUAAGUACUGCAUCUUUGGGACCCAGAGGAACGAUGGAGACGCUGCUACCCAAAGCGACGCAGAAAAGGCAAGUGACCGCCAUUCUUCUUCUAUUUCUGUUGUGGGAGGCGGGCGGUGCGACCAUUAAGUAUUCCGUUCUAGAAGAAAGGGACAGCGGCUCAGUUGUGGCCAACCUAGCAGAAGAUCUGGGGUUGGGCUUAGGGGAGCUGGCCGCGCGGGGCGCCCGGAUUCUUUCCAAAGGGAAUAAACAGCAUUUGCAGCUCGAGCAGAAGAGCGGGAAUUUGCUCCUAAAAGAAAAACUGGACCGGGAAGAGCUGUGCGGUGACACAGAUCCAUGUAUACUGCCUUUCCAGCUGUUACUGAAAAACCCGGUGCAGUUUAUUCAGGGCGAAUUACAGCUCCAAGACGUAAAUGAUCACGCCCCAGACUUUUUGGAAAACGAAAUCCUCCUGAAAAUCUCGGAAAGCAGCCAACCAGGGACAGCAUUUCCUUUGAAAAUAGCUCAAGAUUUAGAUGUGGGCAGUAACACAGUUCAGAACUACACAAUUAGCACCAACUUCCAUUUUCACCUUUUCACUCGAAAUCACAGCAAUGGCAGGAAAUACCCAGAGCUGGUGCUGGACAAAGAGCUGGACCAUGAGGAGCAGCCAGAGCUCAGGUUAACUCUCACGGCGCUGGAUGGUGGAUCGCCACCCAAGUCUGGGACGUCCCAGGUUCUCAUCAUGGUCCUGGACAUAAAUGACAACACCCCUGAAUUUGUUCAGCAGUUUUACAAGGUGCAGGUCCCAGAGAACAGACCCAUAGGCUCCCUCGUCAUCACAGUCUCUGCUAGGGAUUUGGAUGCUGGAACUUACGGAGAGCUCUCCUACUCAUUUUUCCAAUCCUCAAAUCAGGUCAUUCAGACCUUCGAAGUCAACACAGUCACAGGGGAUAUUCGAUUAAAAAAAAUGUUGGAUUUUGAGGAAAUUCAAUCUUACGAUAUGGAAAUUGAGGCCUCAGAUGGCGGGGGUCUUACAGGAAAAUGCACCGUAGUCAUAGAAGUGACGGAUGUAAAUGACAAUGCUCCUGAAUUGACUAUGUCGUUACUCAUCAAUGAUAUCCCAGAAAACACCCCCGACACUGUCGUCGCUGUAUUCGGAAUUUCAGACCCAGACGCUGGAGACAAUGGCAAAAUGCUGUGCUCCAUUCAAGACCAUCUUCCCUUCCUUCUGAAACGUACUGUAGAAAACUUCUACACCCUGGUAACACAAGGAGCGCUGGACCGAGAGGAAAGAGCCGAGUACAACAUCACCAUCAGCGUCAGCGACCUGGGGACCCCCCGGCGGCACACCCAGCACAACCUGACGGUGCGCGUGGCCGACGUCAACGACAACGCGCCCGCCUUCAGCCAGCCCGCCUACACCCUGCGGGUCCGCGAGAACAACAGCCCCGCCCUGCACAUCGGCACCGUCCGCGCCACCGACGCCGACGCGGGCGCCAACGCCCAGCUCACCUACUCGCUGCUGCCGCCCUCCGACCCGCACCUGCCCCUCGCCUCGCUCGUGGCCAUCAACCCCGACACCGGCCAGCUCUUCGCCCUGCGCGCCCUCGACUACGAGGCCCUGCGCGCCUUCGACUUCCAGGUGCGCGCCGCCGACCGCGGCGCGCCCGCGCUCAGCAGCCAGGCGCGGGUGCGCGUGCUCGUGGCCGACGCCAACGACCACGCGCCCGUCGUGCUCUACCCGCCGCCCAACGCCUCGGCGCCCUGCACCGAGCUGCUGCCCCGGGCGGCCGAGCCGGGCUACCUGCUCGCCAAGGUGGUGGCGGUGGACGGCGACGCGGGCCAGAACGCCUGGCUGUCCUACCGGCUGCUGCAGGCCACCGAGCCCGGGCUCUUCGGCGUGGGCGCGCACAGCGGCGAGGUGCGCACGGCCCGGCCGCUGAGCGAGCGCGACGCGCCCCGGCAGCGGCUGCUGCUGCUGGUGCGGGACCACGGCGAGCCGCCGCUCUCGGCCAGCGUCCCGCUGCACGUGCUGCUGGUGGACGGCUUCUCGCAGCCCUACCUGCCGCCGCCCGAGGCCCCCGGCCGGGCGCCGGGCGCCGGCGCCGGCGCGGACGAGCCGCUCACCGUCGCCCUGGUGGGGGCGCUGGCGUGCGUGUCGGCGCUGCUGGUGGGGGCGCUGCUGGCCUUGGCGGCGGGGCGGCUGUGCCGGCGGGGCGGGGCGGCCUCGGCGGGGGGCUGCGCGGGGCCCGCGGAGGGCGGCGUCCCGGGCCAGCUGCUGGACGUGGGCGGCACGGGCACCCUGGCCCACGGCUACCGCUACGAGGUGUGUCUGGCGGGGGGCACUGGGACCAGCGAGUUCAAGUUUCUCAAACCUGUUGUUCCCAAUUUCAUGAGUGAAGGGCCUGGUAGGGACAUGGAGGAAAACUCUGACUUAAGAAAUCAUUUUGGAUUCAGUUAGGAAUCUCAUUUAACAAGACAUGAUUGAUUAAUGUCAUAUUCACUAAGGUAUUAAUUUCCAACCCUUACAUUCCCAUAUAGAGCUUAUAUAUUCACACACUCGUAAGUAUUGACAUAAUAAUAGUUUGAAAUAUUUUACAUUCCAAAACUCUAGGUGUUUUGUAUUGUUGCUGUUUUGUCAUCUUUUAAAAGCCCUUCACAUGUUGCAUGUGAGCUGAAACAUUCAGCAAAGAAAGGGUGUGUCUCAGGAGUUUGGCGGGUCCGGUUUUGGAAGUCACAAAUGUUUUCGGGUUCCUGAUAUUUGGCCUUGUUCACUGACAUCUUAUGAUUAUGCUUUAUGAUUAUCAUAGCAUGUUUAACUAUUGUAAAUGAUGGUUCUUAGUUUUAAAAAUUUUUUCACUUAUGGAUAAAAUUUUUGACCUCAUAAAUUGUUGGAUUUCCAUAGUGCUGUUUCAAAUAGACUAUUGUCUUUCCUUAAAUGAACUAAGAUUUUA